AUGGCCAGUCCUCAGCUGCCGCCGCCGCUUCUUCUGCUGGGUCAGGUGCUGCUGCUGAAACCUGCUGGAAGUUUCUGUGCCUCCCUGCCAUCUCCAGGUGGAGCAGAUGUUACAGGUUUUUCGACAGCCUCGAAGAGCGAGACGGAGAGCCCAACUUCCAAACCGCUGACUUCUUCCUCCAGCCACAGCUCCCUGAGUUCAGAGCUGGGCUCCAGCCUCCCCCCCAGCGCCGCUAGUUCAGAGCUGGGCUCCAGCCUCCUCCCCAGCACCGCCGGCUCAGAGCAGGGCUCCACGACCCCCCACAGCCCCUCAAAUUCAGGGACAACCCCCACCAUCCAGCCCAGCCCCAGCUCCACACAACCAGAGAUAACCACCCACCCCAGCUCUGGCUCCCCCACCUCCCACUCCAGCCCCCUGAUUUCCACUUCCUUGACCCUGCAUUGGAGGCCCACUUCCUCCAGCCUCGGAAUGGAGCCGUCCUUCAGGCCCUCAGCCACCACUGACAGGACCCCUGUGGCCUCUGGCCUCCGGCACCGUGAGCCGCAGGUCGUCGUUUGCCCAUCCCCGACCGGAGUGACCCUCGCGGGGCUGGGGGGCCUUGGAGGGGGCCGGGCGCCUGGGGAAGGCCAAGGCUUGUGGGAAUAAAGCCUCACUGCUCCUCUGAGGCCUCCUGAGUCAUGGAUUCGUGUGACAAACUUGUCUGAGCACCUACUACGUGCUGGGGUCGCAGUGGGACCAUUUCUCCCCCCUCAUGGGGCCGAGAGUCUCAAGGGUGGGGAUCCCAUGACAUCAUUUCAGAUGGUGCUGAGGGCCCCUGACUCACAGACUGGGGCUGUGGCCGGCCCCCAGGGGCCCAUGUGUCUGGGUUUGCUGGGGGGCAGAGAGGUCCCUCUGGGGAGGUGAUA